UUUAAGUUGGGGAGGCCCUGGAGAGGACACACAAUGGAGCGAAGAGCCUGUGGCAACUGGGCCGUUGUACUGCUGAGAGGGGGAUGGGGUAGAGAGAGGACCGGUUCACACAGCUAACACAGCCUGCCGGCUGUAGGCUUCCACAGCCUUUCCUCCCCGCCUGGACCACUGUUUCCUGGCUGGGGCCUUUUUUGUGGAACAGCCACCCUCAAACUCCGCUUGGACUACACUAAGGAUUACUCUCCGUGUUUUGUGGCAUUUUGGGAUACAUACUGGAGCCUGAAGGAAAAAAAUCCCUCCUGUGUUUUGGAUGAGAGAAAAGGAAAAACAAACUUCUAUAUAAUUCUUCUUGCCGUUUUUAGGUAUUUGGUUUCUGUUUCUGUUUAGUGGAGUUCAUAAAUGGAUUACAAGAUGCAUGCCAAGUCAAACGAUUUGCUGGAUUUUCAAAAACUGGACGCCCUUCUGGAAAAAAUUGCACAUUCAGUCUCUGUGAAAAGAGAGUCCAGCGAGGAGUGCAAUGGGAUCAGCGGUGCUCUGUCAGUGGAGUCUGUGCCGGGGCCAAGACUGAACUGGUGUCCUGCCAACACCACUACCCCUGCCCCUGCAGCUCCAGCUCCUGCUCCGGGGCCCGAGCCCGCGCCCAUUCCUGUUAGAAUGGGAGACGGCCUGGAUACAGCGCAGAUGUCGGGCAGCAGCAGCAGCAGCAGCAGCAGCAGUAGCAGCAGCAGCAGCAGCAGCCAGGGGCAGGCCCAGCAAAUGGGCAACCCCCAACCCCCAGAGUACAUCAAUCCCAACAGGCCAAAGCGCCAGACCAAUCAGCUGCAGUACCUGCUCAAGGUGGUGGUGAAGGCCCUGUGGAAGCACCAGUUUGCCUGGCCCUUUCACAUACCAGUGGAUGCGAACAAACUUAACCUGCCUGACUACUACACAAUAAUCAAAAUUCCUAUGGACAUGGGAACAAUCAAGAAAAGGCUUGAGAACAGUUACUACUGGAAUGCCCAAGAAUGUAUCCAAGACUUCAACACAAUGUUUACCAACUGUUACAUAUACAACAAGCCUGGAGAUGACAUCGUCUUAAUGGCUGAGGCUCUAGAGAAGGUUUUCCUCCAAAGGGUCACAGAAAUGCCUCAGGAAGAAACUGAGAUUGUUGUCAUGACAGGGAAGGGACGUGGCAGAGGCCGAAGAGAAGGAGGUCUGAACUUGAAACCAGGGGCCAUCAUUGAUUCUUCGUCCACGACUCCUCUAACGCGUGGUCUGUCAAACCUCUCAGCAGCACCGCAGACCAGAGGACCAGUGCAGGGCCCGCCUUCACUACCUCCCCAGCCUUUAAUGCAGGCCCUGCCGUCCCACGUGCCCCCAACCUUACCCAUCCAUGCGCCACAGCUUGGUGCACCCUACUCCCUGGGCCAAUCAGACUGUGUCCCUCAAGUUCCCAUCAUGACUUCUGUGCCUCCCCCUGCUCAGACCUCUCUUCCCCCAGCAUCCAUCCAGAGCACUGCACCCAUGCUGCAGAACCCAAUAACAAUGACCAAAAUAAGAAAGAGCCAGAAAAGGAAAGCUGACACUACAACGCCCACAGCAAAUGACCAACUGAGUGAGUCUUCACCAGCUGAGUCCAAAUCUGGGAAGACAUUACCCAGGCGAGAGAGUACCCGGCCUACAAAACUGAUAAAGAAGGAUGCUCCAGACUCCCAGCAUCACAUAGGCAUGGGGAUGGGACUGAGUGGACCAAGUGGAGGUCAUAGCCCAAAACCCCAGGAUCAGCUGGGAUACUGUGCAAGUCUGGUUAGGGAUAUGCUGUCCAAGAAGCACACUGCUUAUGCCUGGCCAUUCUACAAACCUGUUGAUGUGGCUGCACUGGGACUACACGAUUAUCACGAUAUCAUCAAAUAUCCAAUGGACCUCAGCAGCAUCAAGUUCAAGCUGGAGAACCGGCAAUACCGAGAACCCCAGGAGUUUGCUGCAGACGUACGAUUAAUGUUUUCCAACUGCUACAAAUAUAAUCCACCAGACCACGAGGUGGUAGCCAUGGCACGCAAGCUGCAGGAUGUCUUUGAGAUGCGCUUUGCCAAGAUGCCAGAUGAACCUGAUAUCAAGCCUCUGGUUCCUGCCCCAGCUCCUACACUUCACCAUCCUGCACCCGUUAAGCCCCAGCCUCCUUUGGUCCACGUCGCCUCGUCUUCGGACAGCUCCAGUGACUCGUCUUCUGAGUCUGAGUCUUCCACGGAUGACUCAGAAGAGGAGAGAGCCCAGAGGUUGGCAGAGCUCCAGGAACAGUUGAAGGCUGUCCACGAGCAGCUGGCUGCCUUGUCCCAACCACAAGCCAGCAAACCAAAGAGAAAAGAAAAGGAAAAGGAAAAGAAGGAGAAGGAGAAGGAGAAAGAGAAGGAGAAGGAGAAGAAAAAAGAAAAGCAUAAGAAGAAAGGACAUUCGUCUGGGCUUGUUGAUGACAUCCAGGAUGCAACACCUGUUCCUCAUCACUCUAAGAAGAACAAGACCAGUAACAACAACAAAGAGGUUGCACCCAAGAAAAAAUCUAGUAAAAAGGAAGGGAUGAAAAGCAAUCAUCCCUCCAACCUGCUGCCGCUUUCCAGCCUGGAAGACGAUCUGGGGGCCUCUGGGUCUUCAGCUACAGGGGAAAAGGGCAAGCCUAUGACGUACGAGGAGAAGCGGCAACUAAGCUUGGACAUCAACAAGCUUCCUGGUGACAAGCUUGGCCGUGUAGUGCAUAUCAUCCAGUCCAGAGAGCCUUCACUCAAAAACUCAAACCCUGAUGAGAUCGAGAUUGACUUUGAGACGCUAAAGCCUUCCACUCUCCGUGAGCUGGAGAGAUAUGUCUCUUCCUGCCUUCGCAAGAAGAAAAAGUUUCCAGUUGAGAAGCCUGUGGAGUCUAUGGCUACCUCCAAAAAGACUGGAUCCUCUUCAGAGAGCAGCGGCUCCAGCACAGACAGCGAAGCUGAGGGGACAGGACUAAUAAAGCAUCAGAAGAAGAAGGGCCAGUCUGUGAAGGAGGGGAAAAAGACACAUCCUCAUGUACACAUUCAGAGUGGCCCUGCUCAAACUGGUCUUCAUUCCCAAAUUGCAGGCCUUCAGUCCAACAUUCAGAUGAAGCAGCAGCAUCAGCCAUCUCCUGCAGGCUUCAUUGCUCCCCCUGUAGCUGCUCUGGAGUCUUCCCAAUUACUGGAGACUAGCUUUGAGUCCCUGCCUCCUUUCGGCCAGCCCCUCAUGCAUCUGUCCCACCACACAGGAAACUCCUCCUCACCUGCACCUCCACACCUCAAUGCUCAUUCUGCUGGGCCAGUGUCCCCUGAGACCCACCCCUUCCUCAACCAGCAUCCCGUCCUCACUUCUCCAGCCUUGCACAUUUCCAUGCCUCAGCAGCCUUCCCGACCUAGUCACAAGGCAGCGCCUCUUCAUCCCAAACCCCCUCAGCAGCAACCAGGCCAGCCGCCAAACCUUCAGCAGCAGCAGCAGCAGCAGCAGCAGCAGCAGCAGCAGCAGCAGCAGCAGCAGCAGCAGCAGCAGCAGCAACAGCAGCAGCAGCAGCAGCAGCAGCAACAACAACAACAACUACUACUGCAACAGCAGCAGCAGCAGCAGCAGCAACAGCAACAGCAGCAGCAGCAGCUCCAGCCCCAGUCAGCAGCAGCAGCAGCAGCACCACCACCACCACAGCACCAGCUUUCCUCUCAGAUCCUCCACCCUCCUCAGCCUCUGCACCAACGGCCCAUGUCCCCUCCAACACUCACACCCCAGGGCUUGCUGUCUUCACAGCCUCCCCAGAUGCUGCUGGAGGAUGAUGAAGAGCCAGGGUCUACAACGCCUCUGAACCAAGUACAAUUAUACCUGCAGCAGUUCCAGCAGGCCCGUCAGCCCCAGCAGUCCAUGCAGUCGCUUCAGGCGCAGGCUCGUCAGCAGCAGCAACAACAACAACAACAACCAGGACAGAUCUCUCUCCUGCAGUCUGUCCAGGGGCAGUCUCAACUCUCCUCUCAGACCACACUGCCUCCUCCCCAGCUCACUAUUCAGUCCCAGACUCAACCAGCCCCAUCACAUCAGGCCCCGCCCCAACAGAUGCCUCUUCACCAGGCUCGCCACAUGCAACACUCGCAGCCACAACUGAACUACCAGCAGGGUCCUGGUCUAGCUGGUCAGUCCCAGGGAUCACAACACAAGGUAUCCAUGCCCACCAACAAAGCACAGCAGAUCAUCCAGCAGCAGCCCUCCCCUCGGCCAGCCAAGGCUGAGCCUUACAACGCGGGUCACAUGAGGGACAACCCAUCACCUCUCAUGAUGCAUUCUCCGCAACUUCCUCCGUUUCCACCUGUGUCUCACCAGUCCCCACCUCACAAUAUGCAGCCUAAAAAGCAGAGGGGCCCUGGGAGCCAUGGUGGUGUAAAGGAGGAGAAACUUCCUCCAUCACCAGUGAUGAGAGGAGAGCCAUUUAACCCUGCAAUGAGACCAGACCAUCACAAACAUCCUGAUAACAAGCCUUCUCAACUGGGCCAUGGCCAACAGAAUGUGAAGUCCAUGGAUAGUUUGCGACCUGUCAUCCGCUCCUCCUCUGAGUCCAGUGGACCGCCCUCCUCUCUACAAGACAAGGAUAAGUUCAAGCAGGAGUCCAAGACACCCAUUGCCCCCAAAAAGGAUGUGAAACUGAAGAAUAUGGGCUCGUGGGCCAGCCUGGCCCAAAAGUCCACAUCUACACCGUUAUCUGCAGUCAAGUCAUCGAGUGACAGUUUUGAGCAGUUCCGUCGAGCUGCUCGGGAGAAAGAGGAGAGGGAGAAAGCCCUGAAGGCCCAAGCCGAGCAGGUGGAGAAAGACAGACUACGCAGAGAGCAGGACAAGCUACGAGGGCGAGAUGAAGAGGAUAUCAUGGAGCCAACCAGAAGGGUGCACGAGGAGCCGCGCAGGCGUCUGGAGCAGCAACACAGUCAAGCUCCUUCGCAACAACAACAACAGCAACAGCAGCAGCAGCAACAACAGCAGCAACAACAACAACAACAACAGCAACAACAGCCGCAGCAACAGCAGGAGCCCCAGCCAGCUGCCAUUCAGCAGCCUCCUCAACCCCCCACACCGCCUCAGCCCGCUGCACAGAACCCACUCGACCAACAGAGGGAGCUUGCACGCCGCCGAGAGCAGGAGAGGAGGAGGCGAGAAGCGAUGGCAGCAACUAUUGACAUGAAUUUCCAAAGUGACUUAAUGGCUAUCUUUGAGGAGAACUUGUUUUGAGGCGAGGAGCAACUGAAACGUAACUGCAAAAAAACAAAAAAAAACAAAAAAACUUUCAUAAUGUAAAGAGAGAGAAGAUUUGGCGACCACGCACCACAGAGGACACUGACUGUAUGUCGAUGUGAUGGGCCCUCAGAGAGCGAGUAGAAAUGCUGGACGGGCGCUCACAGCUCGCUUUGCCUCUGUGGACACAUGGGGAUCGUCUCAUUGUUCUGGAUGUCACAUCCUGGGAAUUUGGCAUUGCCUGCCUGAUAUAACAGGAGAAAGAGGACCCCUGUUGGCACAGUUGCCUUCGUCACUUGCUUCUUACAGCGUGCGUGGGCGCAAUAAAUCGCAAGAGUAAAGACAUCCUAAUAACUAUGAAAAUGCUCUGAUAAUGUACUGACAGACUGUGCAGAUGUGUUUUGAAACUGCCAGAUGUCUGGGGUGGUGAAGAAGACUGGUCUUUUAUGUUCUGUUUUGUUUCGAUUGUUGUAAGUGAACAAAUGAAAUGGUUGGCGGGGCAACUUCCAUACUGUAAAUCAUGUAUAUUUCUCAGCAGAGAAGGUACAGUUUGCCUUACACCUCUUUCCUAAACAGACCAUUAGGUUCUGCACACGUGUGGACAAACCAAUAACAUUUACAACCAGGAGUAGGAGCCGUGCAGACCUUUUUUCAUCAUCUAGUAUCUACUGUAAAGAAGUAUUUUCUUAUAUUACAAUAACUGUUUAUUUUGGAUCUUUCUUUUUUCCCUCUUUGAAUCGUCAUACCUUCACACUCCGCCACCUCUUGUCUAUGCCAAACAACCCAUUAUCUUUUAUGCUAAAUUACUUGUCCUAAAACAUGGUAGGUAGCUAGUGACAAAAAAAAAUAACCUGAAUAUAUGCAUUUAUCAUAGUUCCAGCAAGUAUUUAUCCAAGACAGAAUCAGUUGACGUUUUCAUCCUGCCUUGUAUUUUUAAUUUUAAGCUACACUUAGCAGUAAAGGGGAAAGGUCCGGCUGUUUCUGAGCUUCAGUUGGAAUAUGAUUUCACUACAAGUGUCGCACCAUUCUUUGUAUUACACUUUGAGACAUAAUGUUGGAAAUGUGGAUAUCAUUGGCCUGUUUGCAACAGUCACACUACUGGAUCAGUUUAGAAAUUAGAAGAGGAGCCCCUUGCUGUUCUCUCUGUGUGAUGAUCUUAGUUCACGGUUUGGAUCAUGUCAAAUGUCAACAGGCAGAGUGCUCGAGGCAGGAAGGGGACAAUCAGGGGAAUAAAACACACUCAACACUUUUCUGUAGCGGUUACUUGAAUCAGGAUUAGUAGAAAAUAAAAUGGCUGGAAGGAGCCCCCAGUUAUUUUUUUGCAUCAAAUGGUCUUCUAAUUCACUGAGGGGCACACUGGACAAAAUGAAAAGACAAACAAAAGUUUAGAAACUCUGAAAAAACAGUUAUGAUUUAUAUCUUCGUUCUUGUUCGAUAAUAGUGGAUGUGAGUUAUAAUUCUGUUCUUGGAGACAUUGUUUGGACCAGGGAUGGGUUGAAAUCUGAAUGCAUCUCGUCCUCUUCACGUCUCUUAUGGUGUUUUUCUCCAGUGCCUGUAUUGUAUUGCAAUUCUCGUUGGCUUAUAUUACACUUCAAGGGGGUUUAGAAAGGGGGCAGGUCAGGACUGGGUGGUGUAAUAUUUGAACGGGGAGGGAGAUUUUUGAGAGUUUGUGUAAAAAAAAAAAAAAAAGUUUUUUUUUUAAAAGACAAAAAAAAGGAAAAGACAGCGUUUUAUAUUUUACCCGUUGUCAAUAUUCGGGUUUUAAAUUUAGUUUUAGCUGGACUUCUAUGAGUGUACACUUCUGAAAACUACUUUCUCAUUUUGUUUAAUCAGCAGAUUUUAGAUAGAUAUGUUUCAGCGUUGCCACACUAGAGUUUGAGUCUGGUCUGUGAGUGUGACUGUGUAAAUUUGGACGGCUGUGUGUUUGUGUGUUUUUGUUUUUGUCCGAUUUUUUAAAAAGUGUGUGCUGCAGGAGGCAUGUUCCCCGAUGUAGAUAAGCAUUCUAUUGAUGAGGAGAAUAAACAGAUAAAAAGUACUUCAGGAGAACUUGUUUCUGUGCUUAAGUCACCUUUUUAAUUUCUAUGAAGUCCACCAUAUAUGAAUAUAGAAUUUUUAUUAUUAGACUGGUUUUGAAAAGGGUAAAAAAAAAAACUUCAUUCCUUUUUUAGCCUUUUUUUUUUCCUUUUCACAAUAACUGUUGGACAUAAUGUGCCAUGAGUUCUACAGAGAAUGUGCUGACCCGCAGCUCAGCCCAGAGUUUGCUUUAUUCAGGUAUUUUAUUUUGUGUUACAAUUGUUCUGUUUUUUGGGGGGUUUUGUUCAAACAUUUUCCUCGAUUUAUUGUUUGGUAUGCGAGUGGUCUAUCGAGGUCUUUGAUUCAGUCUGUUAUGAUCAUUGAAUAAACUCAUCUCUUUUAUAGAAAAUAAAAAAAUAAACUAAAUUCUAUCUCUUUUUUUUAAUGUAAUAUGCCUCUUGGAACUGGUAUGUCACUCACUCAUUCUUAUUUAGCAGAUCUACAAGAGGGAAAAUUGUUUGUCAUUGUUAGGCCAGUUUUAGUUUUCCAAUUGCUUGAAGAUUGGCUUUGUUUUAGUACAAAGACACCAACUCCUGUGAGUUGAAAAAACCAUCAUCGGCCCCAUUCCUCUACAGAGAGCAGGGCAGAUAAUGUAAAUGUUGCACUGUUGGAACCAAUAUGUACAACUUAUUGUUACUGUCAUAACUAAAUAAAUGAUCAUUUUAUUCUCUUGUGAUCA